UAUUUGUAUAAGUUUAACAAUGUCUACAGCUCUUGUGGUAAUUGAAGUUAGCGUGCAAAAUUGGAGCUAAGCGUGUCUGCAACACAUCCAAACAGACAUCGCGUUCCACGCCAACAACAGACACCAUACAUAGCCAAAAGACGUCUAACUCGGACACUGGCCGGAGUCACCGUGAUAUGGUCACUGGAGUAUAUUGCGUCACGCAAGGCGAGCUAUAAAAGACUCGCCCAGCUCUAUGCAAGACAAAAGCUAACACCUUUCAUCAGGACAAGAUAGUGGGUGGUCCUUUGGUGGGCAUCUCUAGGCCACUACCCCCUCCCAAGGUAAAGAGAUGAAUUCAACGUUGAGACAGGUCCGUAAGAAGAUACAGUGCUUAGGAGAUGGGAUUACUAUGACUUGACACCAUUGUUUACUUGGAUCAUCUCUUGUCAACAGGAUUGUGGAAUGCUGACAAAGUCAAUCGGAUCCGACCAUUUAGAUAACCGUAUAAUAAGCAGCUCUAUCACUUCCGAAGUCAGGAAAUAGACCUCAGCGAAGGACAACAAAAGGAGUGCCGUUCGUUAUCAACAAUCCACGGCUUCUGUGCAACCAUAACCACGGAUUUUUACAACCGCGCACCGGAAUAACUUUGGGGAAACAGCGAGUGGUAACAACGUGGAGCUGGGUGUGUGUUUUUGGAGGGGACAUUUUACACUGUUCAACUGGGUGUAAUGUCUACUUCACGGAUCUUUUCCCGGUUUGGGAUACAACCUUGUAGUUGACAUAACCGACUCAGUAAGUCUGAGUCACUCCCAGCAGAGUGUGUUCGGUGUCGGGACUACAGAACUGCUACUUCGCCGGCAAAGAAGGGAAAAAGGUGGGCCACCACACCGAGCCCCCCUCUGAACGUCACGCCUGGGAAAGUUUAUAGCCACCGGUCGCCCUUUGCCCUUCGAUACGGGGGGAUUUUCGGACAGUGCCGGGGUGUUAAAGGCAGCGCAAGCCGUGGUCGGUGUCAACAGACACAGUGCCACGGGCGGACUGUAGAAUGGGAAAGUACAUUGUAUGGCUGCUUGUUGCUUGGAUGUUUAGCCUUUUGGCAGUGGUUUAUAUUAGAAGGAUCAUCAAAGCUCCACUUUUAAGUUUAAACGAUGAUGUACGCUUUUCAAGUAUAAGAGGUCAGCACCAAAUAGUAAUCCCCUCAUUAGUCGACGAGAACGGUCACCACGUUUCGUAUGACAUUAUUAACAGUCGCAAACGGACUCGUAGAGAGGUUCUCUCAGAGCCAGUAACGACUGCAGCAGAAGGACAACUGCAUUACAAACUCUCAGCCUAUGGGAGCAAUUUUCACUUGAAUUUGUCUCUAAACACGAACCUUGUCACUAGGAAUUUUCUUGUGGAAUACCUUGAUGAGCACGGAGUCAGCCAACGCCAUCGGACCAUUGAUGACUGCCAUUACCAUGGAUACCUGGUGGGACAUGACAUUUCUAGCGUUGCCAUUAGUAACUGCAGAGGUUUGCAUGGACUUAUUUCAACAGCAGAUGGGGAUUAUUUUCUAGAACCUGUUCAGGAUUUUACGCAGAGUGAUUCGAGUGAGGGACAUCCUCAUGUCAUCUACAAACGAGAAGCGGAGUCAAGUGAGACUAAAGACAGGGAUUGUGGAGUUACAGACAGUUUCAAUUCGCCUUUUGGUCUGUGUCUUAAUGGAACAGACAGUUUCAAUUCGCCUUUUGGUCUGUGUCUCAAUGGAACAGACAGUUUCAAUUCGCCUUUUGGUCUGUGUCUCAAUGGAACAGACAGUUUCAAUUCGCCUUUUGGUCUGUGUCUCAAUGGAACAGACAGUUUCAAUUCGCCUUUUGGUCUGUGUCUCAAUGGAACAGACAGUUUCAAUUCGCCUUUUGGUCUGUGUCUUAAUGGAACAGACAGUUUCAAUUCGCCUUUUGGUCUGUGUCUCAAUGGAACAGACAGUUUCAAUUCGCCUUUUGGUCUGUGUCUCAAGCGAACAGACAGUUUCAAUUCGCCUUUUGGUCUGUGUCUCAAUGGAACAGACAGUUUCAAUUCGCCUUUUGGUCUGUGUCUCAAUGGAACAGACAGUUUCAAUUCGCCUUUUGGUCUGUGUCUCAAUGGAACAGACAGUUUCAAUUCGCCUUUUGGUCUGUGUCUCAAUGGAACAGACAGUUUCAACUCGCCUUCUAUCAAGACCAAGGCCACUGUCAAAGCAAAGCAUCCAAAAUGGUGUUGUAAAACUUGA